UCAGUGGGCGUAGCCAACGUCUGACGUGACGAUGUAAUGUUAUGUUAUUGAUCACUUGGAACCCUUUCCAACAUUUGAAGGAUACGAAAGAAACAAACAUUAAAAUAGAGCCAAGUGACCUCUACUGCUCAGUAGAAACAAAAAAAGCAAAAUAGGAACAAACCAGAGCAGGAUGAGCUGAUCUGUGUGCAGCACCAGUGAUGUGUGUUUCCUCUGCAGAUGAAGGUGUGUGUGUGUGCUGAUGUGGACGUGAAUUCAGCAGAAUGGACCAGUGUGAGGACAGAGAGGACGGAUUUCCUCCCUCUAAAACCUCUCUGUGUGGGGAACAAGAGAGUCGGAGCAAAGCUCAGAGGAAUCAACCUGGACCUGGACCUGGACCUGGACCUGGACCCGAACCUGGACCUGGACCUGGACCUGGACCUGGACCUGGACCUGCACCUGCACCUGGACCUGGACCCAGACCUGAACCUGAACACGGACCCAGCUGUGUGUCCUUGAAGAGCGACCGUUCAAAGGACUGGUUAAUUGAAUUUAAAAGAGACCAACGUUCUGCUGUAAAGAGGGUCCAUCAGAAAGGAGACUCUCUUGAACAUGAACCCAGCUGUUUGUCCUUGAAGAGCGACUGGUCAAAUGAAAGAUUAAUUGAAUUUAAAGGAGACCAGCAGUCUUCAGAGAGAGUGGACCAGCAGAUCUCAGAGUCCCCCAGUGGUCCGUCUGUCCAGCACCAUCAGACCCAGCUGGACUCCAUCUUUCAGCUGCUGGAGGACAACAUUGUCCUGUUUGUGAAGAACGAGCUGAACAAGAUCCAGAGGGGUCUGAGUCCAGAUUACCCAGAAUCCCUAGAGCAUGUGUUGGAGGGUGAGGAUGAAGAGCAGAGGAGGAGCAGAGAGGCGUUUGUGAAGAUCACAGUGAACUUCCUGAGGACAAUGAAGCAGGAGGAGCUGGCUGAGCGUCUGCAGAGCAGUUCUUUUUCAGCAAUUUGUAAAAAGCGGCUGAAGUCUAAGCUGAAGAAGAAGUCCCAGUGUGUGUUUGAGGGGAUUGUUAAAGCAGGAAACCCAACCCUUCUGAAGCAGAUCUACACAGAGCUCUACAUCACAGAGGGAGGGACCGGAGACAUCAACGAUGAACAUGAAGUCAGACAGAUUGAAGCAGCUUCCAGGAAACCACACAGAGCAGAAACAACCAUCAGACAGGAAGACAUCUUUAAACUCCCACCUGGAAGAGAUGAACCAAUCAGAACAGUGAUGACGAAGGGAGUGGCUGGCAUCGGGAAAACAGUCCUAACACAGAAGUUCACUCUGGAUUGGACUGAAGGCAGAAUCAACCAGGACAUCCAGUUCCUGCUUCCAUUUACCUUCAGAGAGCUGAAUGUGCUGAAAGAAAGAAAGUUCAGCUUGGUGGAACUUGUUCAUCACUUCUUCACUGAAACCAGAGAAAUGUGCAGCUUUGAAGAGUUCCAGGUUGUGUUCAUCUUUGACGGUCUGGAUGAGAGUCGACUUCCUCUGGACUUCCACAACAAUGAGAUUCUGACUGAUGUUACAGAGUCCACCUCAGUGGACGUGCUGCUGACAAACCUCAUCAGGGGGAACCUGCUCCCUUCUGCUCGUCUCUGGAUCACCACACGACCCGCAGCAGCCAAUCAGAUCCCUCCUGAGUGUGUCUCCAUGGUGACGGAGGUCAGAGGGUUCACUGACCCACAGAAGGAGGAAUACUUCAGGAAGAGGUUCAGAAAAGACAAGUCCACCAAAAUCAUCUCCCACAUCAAGACAUCACGGAGCCUCCACAUCAUGUGCCACAUCCCAGUCUUUUGCUGGAUCACUGCUACGGUCCUGGAGAACGUCCUGGAAACCAGAGAGGGAGGGGAGCUGCCCAAGACCCUGACUGAGAUGUACAUCCACUUCCUGGUGGUCCAGGCCAAACUGAAGAAGGUCAAGUAUGACGGAGGAGCUGAGAUGGAUCCACAUUGGAGUCCAGAGAGCAGGAAGAUGAUCAAAUCUCUUGGAAAACUGGCUUUUGAGCAGCUGCAGAAAGGAAACCUGAUCUUCUAUGAACCAGACCUGAGAGAGUGUGGCAUCGAUGUCAGAAAGGCUUCAUGGUAUUCAGGAGUGUUUACCCAGAUCUUUAGAGAGGAGAGAAGCCUGUACCAGGACCAGGUCUUCUGCUUCAUCCAUCUGAGUGUUCAGGAGUUUCUGGCUGCUCUUCAUGUCCAUCAGACCUUCAUCAAGUCUGGAGUCAACCUGCUGGAGGAACAAAGAAACACCUCCAGGUGGUUUAAAAAAAGAGCAGAGACUGACCUCUAUCAGAGUGCUGUGGACAAGACCUUACAGAGUCCAAAUGGACACCUGGACUUGUUCCUCCGCUUCCUCCUGGGUCUUUCACUGGAGACCAAUCAGACUCUCCUACGAGGUCUGCUGGAACCAAAACAAAGAAGUUCAAAAAACAAUCAGGAAACAGUUGAAUACAUCAAGAAGAAGAUCAGUGAGGACCUGUCUGCAGAGAGAAGCAUCAACCUGUUCCACUGUCUGAAUGAACUGAAUGAUCGGUCUCUGGUGGAGGAGGUCCAACGGUCCCUGAGGUCUGGACGUCUCUCCACAGAUGAACUGUCUCCUGCUCAGUGGUCAGCUCUGGGCUUCAUCUUACUGUCAUCAGGAGAUCUGGAGGUGUUUGACCUGAAGAAGUUCUCAGCUUCAGAGGAGGUUCUACGGAGGCUGCUGCCAGUGGUCAAAGCCUCCAAGAAAGCUGUGUUGAAUGACUGUAACCUCUCAGGGGACAUCUGUCCACUUCUGUCCUCAGUUCUCAGCUCUCAGUCCUCCAGUCUGACAGAACUGGACCUGAGUAACAACCACCUACAGGAUUCAGGACUGAAGAAGCUGUGUCCUGGACUGGAGAGUCCACACUGUCACCUGGAGUCUCUCAGGUUGAGUUGUUGUAACCUCUCAGAGAACAUCUGUCCACUUCUGUCCUCAGUUCUCAGCUCUCAGUCCUCCAGUCUGACAGAACUGGACCUGAGUAACAACCACCUGCAGGAUUCAGGACUGAAGAAGCUGUGUCCUGGACUGGAGAGUCCACACUGUCACCUGGAGUCUCUCAGGCUGUCAGGCUGUCUGAUCUCAGAGGAAGGCUGUGCUUCUCUGGUCUCAGCUCUGAGCUCCAACCCCUCCCACCUGAGAGAGCUGGACCUGAGCUACAACCAUCCAGGAGAGUCAGCAGGGAAGCUUCUGUCUGCUGGAUUGGAGGAUCCCUGCUGGAGACUGGACACUCUCAGGGUGGAGCCUGCUGGACAACGAUGGUUGACACCAGGUCUGAGGAAGUAUUCCUGUCAACUCACCAUCGACACAAACACAGUCCACAAACACAUCAAACUGUCUCACAACAACAGGAAGAUGAUGUGUGUGAUGGAGGAUCAGUCAUAUCCUGAUCAUCCAGACAGGUUUGAUUACUGGCCUCAGCUGCUGUGUAGAGAAGUUCUGACGGGUCGCUGUUACUGGGAGGUCCAGUGGAGAGGAGAUAUUUCUGUAUCAGUGAGUUACAGAAGAAUCAGCAGGAAAGGAAGCUCUGAUGACUGUGUGUUUGGAAGGAACAAACAUUCCUGGGGUCUGUUCUGUUCUGAUGAUGGUCGGUACUCUGUCCGUCACAAUAACAUUGGAACAUCUCCCUCCUCCUCUUCCUCAGUCUCUGACAGAGUAGCAGUGUAUGUGGAUGUUCCUGCUGGAACUCUGUCCUUCUACAGCGUCUCCUCUGACAGACUGAUCCACCUCCACACCUUCAACACCACAUUCACUGAACCUCUCUAUCCUGGGUUCGGGUUCUGGUCUGGUUCUUCAGUGUCUCUGUGUUUCAGCAGAAUGGACCAGUGUGAGGACGGAGAGGAGGGAGUCUCUCCCUCUAAAACCUCUCUGUGUGGGGAACAUGAGAGUCGGAGCAAAGCUCAGAGGAAUCAACCUGGACCUGGAUCUGGACCUGGACCUGGACCUGGACCUGGACCUUCACCCGGACCUGGACCUGGACCUGGACCUUCACCUGGACCCAGCUGUGUGUCCUUGAAGAGCGACCGUUCAAAGAACUGGUUAAUUAAAUUUAAAAGUGACCAACAUUCUGAUGUAAAGAGGGUCCAUCAGAAAGGAGACUCUCUUGAACAGGAACCCAGCUGUUUGUCCUUGAAGAGCGACAAGUCACAUGAUAGAUUAAUUGACUUUAAAGGAGACCAGCAGUCUUCUUCAGAGAGAUUGGACCAGCAGAUCUCAGAGUCCCCCAGCGGUCCGUCUGUCCAGCGGCAUCAGACCCAGCUGGACUCCAUAUUUCUGCUGCUGGAGGAAAACAUUGUCCUGUUUGUGAAGAACGAGCUGAAGAAGAUCCAGAGGGGUCUGAGUCCAGAUUACCCAGAAUCCUUAGAGCAUCUGUUGGACGAUGAGGAUGAAGAGCAGAGGAGCAGCAGCAACGCAUUUUUCAAGAUCACAGUGAACGUUCUGAGGACAAUGAAGCAGGAGGAGCUGGCUGAGAGUCUGCAGAGCAGUUCUUAUGCUGCAGUUUGUAAAAAGCGGCUGAAGUCUAAGCUGAAGAAGAAGUCCCGGUGUGUGUUUGAGGGGAUUGUUAAAGCAGGAAACCCAACCCUUCUGGAGCAGAUCUACACAGAGCUCUACAUCACAGAGGGAGGGACCGGAGAGGUCAACGAUGAACAUGAAGUCAGACAGAUUGAAGCAGCUUCCAGGAAACCACACAGAGCAGAAACAACCAUCAGACAGGAAGACAUCUUUAAACUCCCACCUGGAAGAGAUGAACCAAUCAGAACAGUGAUGACGAAGGGAGUGGCCGGCAUCGGGAAAACAGUCCUAACACAGAAGUUCACUCUGGACUGGGCUGAAGGCAAAGCCAACCAGGACAUCCAGUUCCUGUUUCCAUUCACCUUAAGAGAGCUGAAUGUGCUGAAACAGAGAAAGUUCAGCUUGGUGGAACUUGUUCAUCACUUCUUCACUGAAACCAGAGAAAUGUGCAGCAUUGAAGAGUUCCAGGUCGUGUUCAUCUUUGACGGUCUGGAUGAGAGUCGACUUCCUCUGGACUUCCACAACAAUGAGGUCCUGACUGAUGUUACAGAGUCCACCUCAGUGGAUGUGCUGCUGACAAACCUCAUCAGGGGGAACCUGCUUCCUUCUGCUCGUCUCUGGAUCACCACACGACCCGCAGCAGCCAAUCAGAUCCCUCCUGAGUGUCUCUCCAUGGUGACGGAGGUCAGAGGGUUCACUGACCCACAGAAGGAAGAAUACUUCAAGAAAAGGUUCAGAGAAGAGAAGUCCACCAAAAUCAUCUCCCACAUCAAGACAUCACGGAGCCUCCACAUCAUGUGCCACAUCCCAGUCUUCUGCUGGAUCACUGCUACGGUCCUGGAGAACGUCCUGGAGAACGUCCUGGAAACCAGAGAGGGAGGGGAGCUGCCCAAGACCCUGACUGAGAUGUACAUCCACUUCCUGGUGGUCCAGGCCAAACUGAAGAAGGUCAAGUAUGACGGAGGAGCUGAGACAGAUCCACACUGGAGUUCAAAGAGCAGGAAGAUGAUCAAAUCUCUGGGAAAACUGGCUUUUGAGCAGCUGCAGAAAGGAAACCUGAUCUUCUAUGAACCAGACCUGAGAGAGUGUGGCAUCAAUGUCAGAAAGGCGUCAGUGUACUCAGGAGUGUUCACUCAGAUCUUUAGAGAGGAGAGCAGCCUGUACCAGGACCACGUCUUCUGCUUCAUCCAUCUGAGUGUCCAGGAGUUUCUGGCUGCUCUUCAUGUCCAUCUGACCUUCAUCAAGUCUGGAGUCAACCUGCUGGAGGAACAAAGAAACACCUCCAGGAGGUUUAAAAAAAGAGUAGAGACUGACCUCUAUCAGAGUGCUGUGGACAAGGCCUUACAGAGUCCCAACGGACACCUGGACUUGUUCCUCCGCUUCCUCCUGGGUCUUUCACUGGAGACCAAUCAGACUCUCCUGCGAGGUCUGUUGGAGCCAAAACAAAGAAGAUCACAGAACAAUCAGAAAACAGUUAAAUACAUCAAGAAGAAGAUCAGUGAGGAUCUGUCUGCAGAGAAAAGCAUCAACCUGUUCCACUGUCUGAAUGAACUGAACGAUCGGUCUCUGGUGGAGGAGGUCCAACGGUCCCUGAGGUCUGGACGUCUCUCCACAGAUACCACUCCUGCUCAGUGGUCGGCUCUGGUCUUCAUCUUAUUGUCAUCAGAAGAAGAUCUGGAGGUUUUUGACCUGAAGAAGUUCUCAGCUUCAGACGAGGUUUUACGGAGGCUGCUGCCGCUGGUCAAAGCCUCCAAGAAAGUUCUGUUGAGUGACUGUAACCUCUCAGGGAACAUCUGUCCACUUCUGUCCUCAGUUCUCAGCUCUCAGUCCUCCAGUCUGACAGAACUGGACUUGAGUAACAACGACCUGCAGGAUUCUGGACUGAAGAAGCUGUGUCCUGGACUGGAGAGUCCACACUGUCACCUGGAGUCUCUCAGGCUGUCAGGCUGUCUGAUCUCAGAGGAAGGAAGUGCUUCUUUGGUCUCAGCUCUGAGCUCCAACCCCUCACACCUGAGAGAGCUGGACCUGAGCUACAACCAUCCAGAAGAGUCAGCAUGGAAACUUCGGUCUGCUGUCCUGGAGGAUCCCUACUGGGGAGUGAACACUCUCAGGGUGGAGCCUGCUGGACAACGAUGGUUGACACCAGGUCUGAGGAAAUAUUCCUGUCAACUCACCAUCGACACAAACACAGUCAACAACAACAUCCAACUGUCUGACAACAACAGGAAGAUGACACGUAUGGGGGGGUAUCAGUCAUAUCCUGAUCAUCCAGACAGGUUUGAUUCCUGGCCUCAGCUGAUGUGUAGAGAAGUUCUGACGGGUCGUUGUUACUGGGAGGUCCAGUGGAGAGGGGGAGUUUCUGUAUCUGUGAGUUACAGAAGAAUCAGAAGGAAAGGAGGCUCUGAUGACUGUGUAUUUGGAUGGAACGAUCAUUCCUGGAGUCUGUCCUGUUCUGAUGAUGGUUGGUACUCUGUCUGUCACAAUAACAGAGUAACAUCUUCCUCCUCCUCUUCCUCCGUCUGUGACAGAGUAGCAGUGUACGUGGACGUUCCUGCUGGAACUCUGUCCUUCUACAGCGUCUCCUCUGAAAGACUGAUCCACCUCCACACCUUCAACACCACAUUCACUGAACCUCUCUAUCCUGGGUUCGGGUUCUGGUCUGAUUCUGGUUCUUCAGUGUCUCUGUGUUGAGUUCAGUCUCAAGAGUCUCCUCUUGAGACUACAAUCAGCCAAGAUGAAGUUACAACAAGGUUCAUCCUGGUCUUUAUUCUCACCCACAUCCUGUUCCAAACAGGACGUCACUACUGGACUGUCAGGUUUCUGUCAUGGCAAAGUGUUUGUUUGUAUGCAAGUUUACUGUAUGAAUAAAAUAAUC